AUGUUUUCCGUCCAAAAACAAUAUAAAACUGGAGUUUAUCGCACCAGUGACCCGAUAUCAAACUUCCGCUGCAGAUUAACCAUCCGCAAAAUCCAUUCCCUGAUCGAUGUACCCGUGCUAGAGGGACUUGACCAAAGCGUCGUUGAUGCGGUAUCGGCCGAAAAUGGUACAAAUGAAACGCGGAUCAUUUGCUGGCAGGAGAAAAUAUUCAGUCACUACGAAAAGGACUAUUAUCGCAUUAGGGAAAAUUGCAAAACAGAUCAUCAUAAAAAAUAUUACCAUAUGUUGAAAUCAGAAUCGCAUAUACCGCAGCUACUGUUUACGUAUGUUGACGAAGACAAUUACUAUCCGGAAGAUCAGGACAACCGAAAUCGCAUGCAGCAACAGCAGCAGCAGUCACUGGGUACGCCUACCAAAACCCAAUCAAUGUACCUUAUGGCUGAUUUAGGGCAUGAAGUGCUGCUAUUCAGCAUCAUCUGGUGUCCCGAUGAAGGAAUAUUGACAGUGUUUCCAGAUUUCAAUCAUAUGACCACCAAUCCUUUCUAUCACGAAAUGCGUGAAACCAACUUGCAUAUGUACCACUACGCUCUAGAACGUUUGGUUGCGGUAAAAUCAGUUCUACCUGUGCCACCGAAACCGUUUAUCCUAAUAGGUACUUCUCAAGCGAUUAGAUCACAACCAGUGGAUCGUAAAGAACGGUUUGAAAUGCCGAAACAACUGCAUCGCAAUUUAUUAUUUCUUAUGGAACUAGUGUGUGCAUCCGAUUUCAAGUACGACGGAAUACAUGUACGUUAUCGGUACGAGCUUCCUGCCGACGUAAAGAUGGUAAAUAAGGACAGUGAGCUAUCUGGCAGUACGCAUGCAUCGAGACAGUUCCAUGGUUGUUGGCAUUUUGCGCAUUGCCACGAACUCUUACUAAACCUUCCGGACACGCAAGAAUUCCAGCAGUGCUUGGAAGUGUACUUCGAAGCUAUCUCUAUCGACGAUUGGUGUCGCGAACGAUAUUUGGGCCACUCUCACCUCUCCAUACCGUUGCGACAUCAAAUGUACGAAACUACAAUCAACUUUGUGCAGCUGACAAGCACGGGUGCCCUAGCUGAUCGCAUGGAAACGUAUCUCGUUGGCAACCGUCGUCAGGUGGAUCUGGCAUCAUUUUACGGGAAGGCCAGAGCAACCAUACUUAACCGAUACGCCAACGAGACAAUGUCAUCCGGGAAGUUACAGAUUCGCUUCCAAAUGUUGCGGCAGCACCAACCGAGGAUUAUAAAUGAUGGUUACUUCAAAACUACGCGAAAAACGAAAAACAUUACACUGAAGGAGCUAAUCAAAUCUUAUAGUACGGCACGGGAGCGAUUGGAAGAAUUUGUAGAUUUGAAUUACUAG